AUGAGUUCUCAGCAGCAGAACGGACAGGAUGAAAGACAGCCUUUGCUGCAGAGUGGGCACGUUGAUGGCGGAGAAGGCGGGGAUGGUCGCGAAUUGAUAUCGUUUGAUGAAAAUGAUUCGAACGAUCCAAGGCAAUGGCCAAGGAGAAGGAAGAUGGUCAACGUGGCUAUUAUCUCUUUGAUGGCCAUCAUCUCUCCUUUGGCAUCUUCCAUGUUUAGUCCUGGUAUUCAACAAAUCGCCGACGACCUUGACACUACCAAGGAUGCUGUUAUCGCAUGUACUACUGGUUUUGUCAUUAUGCUUGGUAUUGGACCACUGAUUCUUGCCCCUUUGUCUGAAACAUUUGGCAGAAGGAAGGUAUACAUGUACUGCUAUACCGCAUUCUCCAUUCUCCAGAUCCCGGCUGCCCUCGCCCCCAACAUCGCUACCCUCAUUGCGGCCAGAGCUGUCGCGGGAUUCUUCGGUGCUGUGGCCGUCGCAAACGGUGGCGGCACAAUUUCUGACAUGUUUGUACCAGAAGAGAGAGCUGGUAUCUUUGGUUACUACCUUCUUGGAGUCUUGCUAGGUCCCACGCUCGGUCCAAUCUUCGGUGGCCUCAUUGUCCAGAGAGCAGGUUGGCGUUGGGUUUUCUGGACUACGACGAUCAUCUGCUCUUUCAAUACCAUUGUCGGUUAUUUCUUCUUGAAUGAAUCGUACGCGCCCAUUCUGCUCAGCCGCAAGAUAGCCAAGCUUGAGUCCGAGGAAGGAACUUCUGGAAAGUACCGCUUCGAUGGCGAGGACGACAGACCCUUGAGCCGGAAACUGAUUCACUCCUUGAAGAGACCGUUCAGAAUCAUCACCCAGCCUAUUGUCCUGACCAUGAGUGCUUACCAAGCAUUGAUCUUCGGAACGACCUACUCCAUCUACACAAACAUGCAAGCCAUCUUCGAAGGUGAUUACGGCUUCAACACCGAACAAGUCGGUCUCCUCUACCUCGGCCCUGGUCUCGGUUUCCUGACCGCAGUCUGGUUCCUCGUGCCCCAAAUCGAUCGCGUAUACAAGGCCCUCGGCAAACGCAACAACUGCGAUCCAGUCCCCGAAUAUCGUCUCCCUCUCGCCAACAUUGGCGCCGUCCUCAUCCCAGUCUCCCUCUUCUGUUUCUUCUGGGCCGUCGAAAAGCACGCUCAUUGGGCCCUCUGCAUCACAGCAACUUACUUUUACGGUCUGGGCCAAGUCAUGAUCUUGAACUGCACGCAAAACUACUAUAUCGAUUCGUUCGAAAAGUACGCCGCUUCUGCUAUUGCUGCUGGAGCAGUGUUUAGAAGUUUGUUUGGUGGUGUUGUGCCGUUGGUUGCGCCUUCUUUGUUCAAGGCUCUGGGAUAUGGAUGGGGUGGUAGUGUGUUUGGAUUCUUGGCUUUGGCCAUUGCGCCUGCGCCCUUGUUGUUCUUCAUGUAUGGUAAGAAGAUCAGGGAGAAGUUCGCGAUUGAGCUGUGA